CACCUUCAAAAUUUCAAGAAUUCAAGAAGAAGAAAAAAAAAAUGGUUCGUCCAAUUCCAAUAUUCCAUGAAAGUGAGAGCUUCUCGGCGAUCGCGGUAGCGUUGGGGCUGUUUGUUUCGGUGUCUGUUUUGGUAGGUUUGUGUGCGAAGCAUGCAAAGCAAAUUGGUCGGAAGGAGAGCCCGAAAAGCGGGCAUCCGCUGCCGUCGCCGAAGCAGCUGAUGGCGGCGAUAAGCCAGAAGGCCAUGUCACCGUUGAUCCACAGCAAGAAGGCGGCGGCGGCGGCGGAUUCCGGCGAGGAGAAUGGGGUGUGGCAGAAGGCGAUCUUGAUGGGGGAGAAGUGCCAGCCGCCGGAAUUCUCCGGCGUCAUCUACUACGAUUACGACGGAAAGAGGAUCCCGGAGAUGCCCAAGUCGCCGCGCCACGGCUCCAUGACGCCGUUGAAGAAUAUUAGUUUUCCGCAGCAGAAAAAUGAGGCCUCUGUUUACUGAUACUAUCCUGUAAUAAUUUGGAGCUUUUCUUUUUUUUUCCUUUCCUUUUCUUUAGUGUUUAUAUGAAUUAUGAAAUUUUGGUGUA